AUGACAAAUUUUUUAAAAAUUGUUUCCUUCUUCUCUUUUACAUUUGCUUUAUUUCAUGCCGUGAAUGCAAUUAACGUUACUGAAACAGGAUUGGCUAUUCUCGAAAAGUUGGAAAUAGACACUUGUGUUUCCUUUCUUCAACAUAAUAAUAGGACUGCUGAUGACGAUUCGUCCCAUAUCAAAUAUUAUGAUGAAAUUUUCCAUGACAUAGAAUCAAUUUAUGAAUACUUGAGGGAAUUUGAAGAAGUAUAUCUUUCUAAUCCUCAACUUCUUCAAAUAAUGGAGAAACUACUGCAGGUAAAAAGGAGUGUGCUUGAUAAACGUCUUCUGCGCUUACAUGAAAUAAAAGACGAGGUUAUUCGUAUCAAGAAAGCAUUGCGAAUGGCAAUCACUCACCCACCAGCUCACUACUCUAAUUUUACAAUCAGGAAUUGGAAACUAACUAAUGAAGAUGGACCAGAUGAAGAAGCAUCAUUGUGGAUUGUAGACAUGAUUGCCAAGGAUAUUGAAAAAGAUGACCUGGCUAAAAAUGGACAAAAGCCAAGAUUCACGAAGCAAAUUCAGUUAUUCAGUGAAGGUGCUUAUGUCUUCACAUUUAUUGCUUUGUUUGUGGGCAAAUGUCCAUUCUACCUUCCGUUACUUUGUAGUAUUAUUUUUAUGUUCGGUGCAAUUGGGGUAAUACUAUGGGUUCUUCAUGUAAUCAAAAUCCUUUUCGAUUUUGGUAUCAUCUUCUAG